UAUAUGAUAUAUAAUCUCUACAUAUGAUAUAUAAUCUCUAUAUAUGAUAUAUAAUCGUAGAGAAAAAUAUACUGCUAAUCUCUAUGUAUGUGAUAUCUAAUGGUUAUUAGGGAAGAAAGUGAGGCUUUGUCUUUUAGAGAAGACAGGUUCUUCUUCAGGGAAGAGGUAAAUCCCUCUUAUCUAUAAGAAGAUAGAAUAUCUGAGAUAAGAGAAAGCUGCAAAAAUUAAUUUCAGAAGAUCUUUAAAGAUCUUUCUCUUUGCUUUAGUUUAUAUCAUCUCAGUGUUUAGAUUUAACUUGAAAACUUUCUGCUCUAGCCCAGUUAUUCUCCAUCAUUUUUUUUUCAUAUCCAUGUGUACAUUCUCCAGGAAGUGUUGUCUCUCUUUAUGAAAAAUUCUAUUUUCCACAUAAGCAAUUACAUUGUUUGCCUUCCUUUGCAUCUUUGUCUGCUCUCAGCGUGCCUUAUCCUGUGUUCUCAUGACAGCAUCAUGUCGUUGCUGGAAAUGGGCAAGUUUGCCAUCUUUGAGAGAAUAGCUAUACGAGCAGAUGAAAAUUUACAGUGUCCAUGUGUAAUUUACUAAAAAAAAGUCACAAAAGAAUUCCUGAAAAUGCAAUCUUCUGCUUUGGUAUUCUUUAUCGGACUUUUUUCCUCCAUUUCAUCCUUCUAGUUAACCUUUCCAAUCUCUGGCUUCAAAGUCUAUGUAACUUAGACUUUUUCUUCCUUUCCUUUGUUUCUCAUCAAAAUAUAAUCAUCCUAGAAAUUUUCCUCUCUUCUAUUUGUCUAUUCUAUCCACCUAUCUAGUUUAUUUCCUGUUACUGGGAUUUUGCCUAUUUUUUAUACCUUAUUUCUGUAUAAUUUAUUUGAGUUUUUCCAUUUAUUCCUUUCUCCUUGGUUAAUGAGGUACCCUAAAGCAUUAGCACUUAGGAAUUAGUCUUUACUUGUCAGCAAGAGCUAUCUAGUAGCAAAGGGAUAUGUGAGAGACAGCACAACUAAAACGAUCUUGUAGAAAGGGAUUAUUUUCUAAGCAUAUGUCUACUAUAUUAGCUUACUUCCGAAAAACAUCAGUUACCUCUCAUAAAUCCAUCCUGUGUUUAAGAACAUAAAAUUUAGUGUGGAUAACAAAUGCAAAGCAAGCAAAUUUUCAGGUAAUCAGGUGAGCCGUUACUUACGGCACAGUUGCGUUGCCAAAAAGAAAUAAUAAUAAUAAUUACUACUCAAUAAAUAGAGAGCAUAGCUGAAAUAAGGACCUAAUGCAGAAAUUCUUAACUUUUCCUGAUGCCAUUUCAACUUUGUUUUGAAUGUCUAAUUUAGGCUGCCCUAGUAGGUGCUUUAUUAGUAGGAAGAAUCACUGAAGGUCAUCUGUGGGUGAUUCAAUAAGUAGCAAAUUGGGUUUAUUUUCAACUUCUCCAUUAAUGUGCGGGACCUGAAACCAAAGAAAAAGUGUGCUGUUGGGGGAAAUGUUUUGUCACCUAGGAGAUAAGUCGAACUGUGGGUAACAAUAGCCCUCAUUAAUGGGAGUAAAGUGUCAUCUGAGAGUCAUCUCAAAGCUUACUCCCCAGUUGAGCCAAUGGUCUGAGUGAGACCCUGGAGCCCAUGGGUUAUUGGGGUGUGUUAGUGCUCACUGAGGAGACAGAGCUGUUGCAAUACUGAGUUCAAGCAGCACAACUGACUCACAUAACGUGAAGUGAAACCAGACAGAGCUCCGAACUUGGUACCUUGGGUAGCAAAGGCGACUUCCGAUGAUGGUUCUACACAGGUGAUAAAAGGAAAAUUUACUUUGAGAAGUUGAGAAAAUCAAGCUAGAUGGCAGCGAAGUAAAGACUUCUCUUGCAAAAUCUGAGUGCAGAUCUGUGAUGGGAAAAAGAACUUCCAGAUAAAGCAAAAGUUGAUGUUGACACCAGUACCCAGUAAAUUGCUAGGAAAAAAGGCAACAUCUCUUGGUCCAGUUUACCUUUAGAUAAAUGUUUGAAGAAUAAAAAUACAUGCGUUUCAAGAUAUGUCUUAUGUAAACUUUUUAAGUUAUGAAAAUCAUCCAUAUUGAAAAAUUGAAUGUUUUUUAUUUUGAAACUGUUUUUGCAUUGUCAGUUACUCAAGCAGCCAUUUUACAUUUCGGUGUUUGAGAACAUGACAGGGACCUGUAUACUCCUUGUGGGGCCACAUUUUAAGAAUCUUAACAGCUCAUCCUGCAAAAUUAAAAUCCAAAAUCUAAAUCACAAAAUUCUCUUUUCUCUUUCCUCAGUUAUUUAUUUAGACUAUAGAACAGAUAUCGUUCUAGAGUUUUUUGUAACUAUCAAUUAUCAUUAACAUCAUAUUCCUAUUCUAAAUCCUUCCACUGAAACACUACUUGUUGGGAAAAAAAGGCUUUUACUUUGUUUCACCACUGUACAGAGGGUAAAUGGAAAAACUUUCACAUUCGGAAUAUAAUACUGUUACAUUUCCUCUAUUAUUUUAACAUCUUUUGAAAAAUUUCUAUAAAGAGAUGGAGAAAUUUCAUGUCAGGAGAUAGGAAAUAUUAAAUUUAAAUGCCUCAAAAGAAUAUCGCAUAUUCCUAUAGUACUUCUAUAGUCUGCCUGAACUCACCCUCAACUUUCUCCCUUCCAGAUGACGCCACCAGCCCCCGUUUUUCAACACAUCGUGAAGGAUCCUUCCAAGUUCCUGUCCUGUGUGCUGUAAUGAAUGUGGUCUUCAUCACCAUUUUAAUCAUAGCUCUCAUUGCCUUAUCAGUGGGCCAAUACAAUUGUCCAGGCCAAUACACAUUCUCAAUGCCAUCAGAUAGCCAUGUUUCUUCAUGCUCUGAUGACUGGGUUAGCUACCAGAGGAAAUGCUACUUUAUUUCUACUGUGAAGAGGAGCUGGACUUCAGCCCAAAAUGCUUGUUCUGAACAUGGUGCUACUCUCGCUGUCAUUGAUUCUGUGAAGGACAUGAACUUUCUAAAACGAUACGCAGGUGGAGAUGAACACUGGGUAGGACUGAAAAAGGAACCUGGUCACCCAUGGAAGUGGUCAAAUGGCAAAGAAUUUAACAACUGGUUCAACUUUACAGGGUCUGAGAAGUGCGCUUUUCUGAAAAACACAGGAGUCAGCAGCAUGGAAUGUGAGAAGAAUUUAUACUGGAUAUGUAACAAACCUUACAAAUAAUAAGGAAACAUAUUCACUUAUUGACUAUUGUAGAAUGGAACUCAAGGAAAUCUGUGUCAAUGGAUGCUGCUCUGUGGUCUCAAGUUUUCCACGCAGACUUUGUGAAGAAAAAAAUUUUGUAGUAUCUUGGGAAUUUUCUUCCAAACAGAACUAUGGAAAAAAGGAAGAAAUUCCAGGAAAAUCUUCGUUGUGGGCUCUUGUUGCCAUGAGCUGGAAGCGUAACAGGUUGACUGAUAACCAUGCCCAAGAAUGAGAAGAAUGACUAUGAAACCUUUGGAUGCACUUUAUAUUAUUUUGAAUCCAGAAAUAAUGAAAUAACUAGGCAUGGACUUACUAUUUAUUGCUGAAUGACUACCAACAGUGAGAGCGCUUCAUGCCUUUGCACUAUUGGAAGGAGUUAGAUGUUGGUACUAAAUACUGAAUGUAAACAACGGAAUUAUGACUGGUAACAUAGGUAUUUAGUCAUUGAAUCCCUUAAACUCAGGGAGCAUUUAUAAAUGGACAAAUGCUUAUGAAACUAAGAUUUGUAAUAUUUCUCUCUUUUUAGAGAAAUUUGCCAAUUUACUUUGUUAUUUUUCCCCAAAAAGAAUGGGAUGAUCAUGUAUUUAUUUUUUUACUUCCUCAGCCAUAGACUAGUCCUUUUUGAUGGUACAUAUUUGUUUACCUUUAUAAUCUUUUAUACAUUGUUUUACAGAGAAAAGACAUAAGCAAAGAGUAUGAGGAAUAUUUGUAAAACAGAAAAGUGUUGGAAAAUGUGCAAUAUGGGAUAUGGCAAAUCUCUAUCAGGAAAUAUUCUGUAAUGUUCAAAUCUAGAAUAAUACUAGUCUCAUAAUAGGUUUGUGACUUUCCUAAUCAAUUCUAUUAUGUGCAAUACUUCAAUACUUCAUUUAAAAUAUUUUUAUGUGCAAUAAAACAUAUUUGUUUGUAUUUUGUGUUCAGUACAAUUAUAAGCUGUUUUCAUGUAUGUGAAAUAAAAGUAGAAUAAACACAA